AUGACAACAAAAAACCAUAAAGAUACUUUUGAUGAUUAUUCUAAUCUCUUUCAUAAAGAUUCUAUUGCAAAUGAUGUCACACUUGAAGAUUGUCAUACUAAUGUCCUUCCGUUGGCAGAUAUAAGUAAAUUAAAAUGGAAAUGUUUUAGAACUAAUAACAGAAAUACAACAAAAUGUAAAGAAGCAAUUAAGGCAGAUUUAGUCUUAAAAGCUUAUAGUUUAUGUAUAUCUGAAAAUUAUAUAUGUUUGUGGAGAAGAAUACCAUCAGAGGAUGAUGAAAAUGACUAUCCAAGAGGUGAAUUUACUCUUCGUUCAGCUAAAGAAUUAUGGGUUUUUUGGUUUGACAAAAGAGAACCACGUAAUUUGGCAUCAUAUACAUGUGAUCUUGUUGUUAGAGAUGAAUAUGAUGCUGAUCAUCAAAAUCAAAAUGAUGUCGUUAGAUAUGAUAUUCGAUGCCUGUUGUUUCGUGCUAUACAUAAUCUUAUUGAAAGAUCAUUAUUUACAAUGGGACAAAAACGUUUUGGAAAAUGGUUUGUAGCAACAGGAACAAAGGAGGAAUUGAAGCAAAGUAUGCCGCAAAGAAAUUACUCAUUAGCAUACGGUUUUUCAUUUUUUGUUCAUGGUGAUAUUAUGGUUUGCGCAACAAUAAAUAUUCAAAGGCAACCAUUAAUGUGUAGACUUGAUUUAUUAGAUUAUUUCUCAAAAAAAUCAGUACCUCUUAUAUUAGGACCUCAUGGUAUUAGAGCGACAUUAGUAAUAGAUCAAAUUGAAUAUGUCAAAAAAGAAGUAGUUUAUAUUUCAAAUAAAUAUAAAAGAGAUAUCUUAGUAGCAAAACAAUAUAAUGAAAUUGAAACAAUUGCUGAGGAACAAUAUAAUGAUUGGAGAGGUUUUUAUCCUUUACCAGUUUAUGAUGCAGAAGAUAUUAAAUAUAGAAUUCCAACAGUAUCUGAAAUAUUACCACGUAUGACAUUAGUUGAAAUUGAUAAUUUAAAAAUAUUAUGGCCAACAGAAUAUAUUGGUAUUAUAAUGGAUGAAUAUGUUUGUAAUGGUGAUAGAAAAUGUUUUUAUGAGAAAUUAGUUGAUGAAGAUCAAGAAGUCGCAACAAUUAUGGCUAAUAGCAAAGAUAAUUUUGAUACAAAAAAUGAUAAUACUAAUAAUCGAAUUAUGCAUGAUAUUGAACGUGUAGAUUUAGAAUGUUUUUGUAGACAUCAUAAUGAGGAUAUUGAUCAAAAUGGUCGUAUUUUUGAAGAAACAAUAAUAUCUUCUGAAUAUGCAGUUUUAUCAGAAAAUACUAUACAAAAACCAUCAACAAAUAUUUCAUCAUCAUCACCAACAAAAAAUAUAGAAAAAGAUGAAAAAUUUGAAAAUGCUAUGUCAUUUUUAAAAGAAAUUGAUAAUGAACUUAAAAAGGAAGAAGCAAAACAAAUGGAAAUUGACGAUGAUGAUGAUAUUGAAAAAUUUCUAAAUUUUGAUAGUUCGAUAAAAACAUCUGUUCCAAAAUCUCCUGAUAAAAAUUCAAAUGAAAAUAAGAAUGAUAAAGUUGAAAGUAGUGAAAAAAAAGAUAAUGAUAACAAGAAUAACAAAAAUAAAAAUGAAAAUAAUGAAGAAGAAAAAGAAAAAGAAACAACUAAAAUUGUUAUACCAAAAAAUGUUGAACCUGCUAUUGGUAGUAAAUGGAGAUAUUCAAAUUAUUGUGGAAAAGUUGGUUGUAUAUGUCCAUUAUGCUUUAAACUAGGAAAAUUGGCAUUAGUAACACAAAAUAAAAAGAAUAAAAAAAAUGAAAAAUAUUCUGUAUUACAGGAGGAAUUAAUGAUGAUUGAUGAAGGAAAAGAAAAUGAACCUAUUUAUAGUGGUAAUUGUGAUGUCAAAUCAAAUCAAUUAAUUUUAUCAACAUCAUAUGAAAGUUUAAUUAAACAAAGAUUAGAAGCAAAAACUACAAUACCAAAACAUCCAAUACGCCUUUCAGAAGCAGAAAGAAAUAAUCUUGAUACAAAACCAUUUUAUAGUAGUUCAAAUUUUGCUUUAAGGGAUUAUAUUUCUAACUUUCAAUCAAUGAAAUUUGGUGAUCCUAAAAUAUUUCAAGAAAUGAAAAACCUUCCAGGUUAUAAUACAAUAAAAACAACUGAAUGCAAAGAAUCUUUUCCAAAAUUUACACCAUUAAUAAGAACAAGAUUUGAAUAUUUUCGCAAAAAGAAAUAUCUCUUAGCAAGAAUUAGUCACAAGAAAGGAAAAAGAAAAAUUUAUCAUACAAAUCAUACAAUGUCUAGAUUAUGCUUAACUCCACCAAUAUCUCAAAGAAAUAGAUUAAUUAAUAGAGCAAGAAGGCGUUAUACAUUUCCUAAAGAAGAUACUUUGAUGGCUAGAGAUGUUACUUUUUACGACAAAACUGUUCAACGUAAUACAAAUGAUAUGUUGAAUUCAUUUAUUAAUUGUAUAUAUGAUAUUAAUAAUACAAAAAAAUAUAACAAUAAACUUCAAAUUUAUAAAAAUUAUGAAAUAACAACAUUAAAAAUUUAUAAAGAAAAUAAUAUUGAUGAAUUAAUUGAACAAUUUGAAGAAAAAAGAAAUGAAAUUAAUGUUGAAAGAUUUUAUAAACGUAUUAUAAAUGAAAUUAAAAAUAAAUUUACAAUAGAUGAAGAGGAAUCUAUUGAUUUAGAUUAUCUAGAUCCUUUUAAAUGGCAUUUUGAAGGUAAAGAAACUUUUGAAUCAUUAAAUUUUACAUAUAAUAAUGAAAUUACAUUAAAUCAUGUACCAGAAUAUUUAAUAAUGAAUGAUUUUUUAUAUGUUGUUGUUAAUGAGAAAUUAGAAAAAUUAAAAAAUAGAUCAAAUAUUAUUUCUAAUAAAAAACGAAUGUUUCCAAUUUCUUUAGAUAAUGAACCAUUGAAUAUAAUGAAAUAUGAAAGUGAUAAAAAUAUUAAUAACAUUGAUGAAUCAGAAUACAAAAUAUUAAGAAAAAUUUAUGAUGAUUAUUUAAUUAAAUCAAAAGAAGAUAUCAUACCACUUUCAAAAAAAAUAAAUUCAUUUGAUAUGUUAUGUGAAAAUAAAUUACCUAAAACAACAUUUACUAAAGAUUUAGUACACGGUUUUUAUAAUGAAUAUUUGAUUAAUGAAUUAUUAGAAGAUGAUGAAGAUGAGGAAGAAGAAACUGAAAAAGAAAUAGAAAAUAUGGAAACAGGAUCUAAUUUUGAUAUUGAUGAAUUUUUAAGAGAUGCUGAUGAUUGUAAUUCAAUUGAUGAUGAUUCAUUACUUUAUAAUUCUAAUAAACUAAUUGAAUUAAAUCAAAAUGAAGAGAAGAAGAAAAAAUAUUAUGAAAUGGGAUAUUUUGAAAAAGAAAAUUUUUCAAUUGUUCAUGAAGAUGAUAUUAUUGAAGAAUUAUUAAUUAAUUAUAAAACAAAAUAUGAUCCAAAUUUUUAUCAAUAUAAAAUGUUAUAUGAAAAUUUUAUUUCUGACAAAGAUAAUGAUAAUGAUAUAGAUAAUUUAAAAAAUAUUGAAAAAACAAAUGGUAAUAAUUUUUUAAUAUCAUUAGAAAAUGUAAAUAAAGAUAUUGAAAAUAAAUCAAUAACAAUAACAUAUCAAAAAGAAAUUGAAGAUAUAUUUAAAAGUAAUAAAAAUAUUAAUAAUGAUGAAGAUAAACAUUCAGAAUAUAUUGAAGAUUUUGGUGAAUGGAAUGAUUUUUUUACUGAAAUUGAUUAUGAAGAAAUUGUUCCAGAAAAAUUAAGACCAAAAAAAUGUGAUUUGUUUGAAAUAUAUACAAAUAAUAAAUCACAAUGUUGUCAUGUAUUUAAUCAAAUAUUAGAUGAGGAAAAGGAUAUUUUUAAAAUAUCAGAUGAAUUUAAAAAUAAUAAAAUUUUAAAAAAACCAUUACGUGGAAUAACUAAAAAAAUUUUAGAAAAUAUUGAGGAAGAAUUUAAAUUUCAUGAAAAUUAUAUUACUCGAAAAUAUAAAAAUAUAUGGAAAAAUGUAUUAUUAUCUCAUAACUUUAAUUCUCUUUAUAUACCACCAAAAGCUCAUUCAGACAAUCGUAUAAUGAAUACUAUUCUUAAUCAAGAAAAUUUUUCUAUUAAUAUUAAUGAUAAAAAUAAGUUAUCUAUAAAUGAUAUAAUGAAAUAUAUUAGUAAUCAAAGAAAUGAAAAAACAUGUAGAUUAAAUAAAUGUUUUGAAAGAGCAAAAUCAGAUCAACAGACAAAGAAAAAUAUAAUGAGACAUAAAUAUGAUAGAAUGCAUCGAGCUUUUGAAUAUUCAAAUCGUUUUUUUCCAGUACGUACAGCUGAUGAUACUGAAUUAAUUCAUAUGAUGUUUGAUUAUGAAAAAAAUUCUUCAAUGUUUAGUAAUCAUAAUAUACCACAACAACAUAAUUCUGAUUAUUUUAAUCACCAACAAGCAUAUAAUUCAAUGGAUGAUUUUCAUGGAAUGUCAAACAAUUAUCAUAUUCAUAAUUCACAACAAAAUCAAGGAUAUUUUAAUGAUCAAUUAAAUUAUCAAAAUAGACAUAAUAAUCAAUACUAUAACAAUCAUAAUCAAAAUGCUUAUCAGAAUAUAUAUAAUAAUUCUUCACAUUUUGAUAAUUUUAUGGGUGAUGAUUAUGAACAAAUGUUAAUUCAUAAUAAUUCAGGAUCAUGGAAUCAAUUACAACAUACAAAUUAUCAUUCAAGAAAUCCAUAUCAACCAAAUUAUCAUCAAAAUCAAAGCAAUAUUUUUGGAGGAAAUACUAAUUAUAAUAGAAAUAUUCCAUCAACAGUUGAGAAUGAUGAAGAACAAUCAUGUAGUAUGAAAGAAAAUGAAAUUAUAUUAAAAUCAAAAUAUUUUAAAACAUCAAAUGAAAAUAAUCUAUAUUAUCAUUCAUUAUUAGAUAAAUUUAUUGGAUAUAAUUUUUCAUUGAAAUUUAAUUUUAGAGAAUUUAUCUCAUCAGAAACAUCUAAUACAUUAUAUCAAAAUCAAUAUUAUACAUUAAAUUUUAAUAAUAGAAUAGAAACAUCAUUUAUUUAUGAUUAUAAUGAUAUAAAUAAUCCAGAAUUUACAUUGAAGGAAAGAAAAUAUUUUACAAAAAAAUUUGAAAAUCAAAUUUGUAUACAUAAAGGUCUUAGUCAUGUUUUUAUAGAUGAAAAAGGAUCUUUUAAAGCACUUCAAUAUAUUUUAAAUAAUUACAUUUAUUGUAAUUUAUUUAAUGAUCAAUGUUAUUAUAAUUGUAAUAUUAAAAAAUAUACCAAACGACAUUAUAUAUCUGAACCUGUUAUGGUACCUGAAGAAUUAUUAAAUACAAAUGAUAAUGUAUUUAUUUCUAAUAAUUAUAAUAAUUCUGAUAAUAUUACAAAAAGAAGAAAAUUAGAUAUAAAUUUAACUAAUCAAACAAAUAUAAAUGAUAUGGAAAUAGAUAAUAUUCCUUUUUAUUUAGAAGAAAGAAAUAAUGUUGUUAGAAAACAAGUUAAUACUUCUCAAAGUGGUUCAAUAUUUAAAUCAUUCCCAUGUACUGUUGGAUAUUCACAAAUUGAUGGUACUAAUGAUAUAUCUAAUGAUAUUGAUACAUGGUCAAAAAAUAUAUGUAAAAAAAUAAAUGAUAAAGAAGAAGAAGAAGAAGAAAAAUUAAUAUCUUCAAAAAAUAUAGAUAAACAAAAUAUACGCCAUUUACAAUAUAAAACAUCUCAUUAUUCAGAAUCUUAUAACAAUUUACUAACAAAUUACAAUAACGCAAAAAAAGUUGAUGAAAAUUAUUUUAUAUAUAAUUAUGAUUCAGAAACUCUUGAAAAUUAUAAAACUGAUGAAUUUAUUAAAGCACGAUACUCAAAUACUAAUAUUUUAUUUGAUAAUUCAAAUGAGAAAAAUAAAAUUAAUCGCUUUAAUAAUGAUAACUUUAUUAAUAAUUAUAUUGGAGAAUCUUCAAUAUAUUCAACAAUUGAUUUAGAUAGUAAUGAUCAAGAAUAUGUUAAAUUAAAUGAAAAUAUAGGAAAAGAUUUUUACUCAUUAAUGACUGAAAUAGCUUUUAGAAUUUCUGAAAAAAGAGAUGAUGAUGAAUUUAGAAAUGAAGUAAUGCAUUUGUGCAAUGUAGAUAGAUCUCUUUCCACAUUAAGUAUUCCAUCAAUUUCCGGGUCAGAUGAUAGUGAAUCUACAUCACCUUCAAAAUAUGAUAUCAAUUUUGCACAAGAAUGCUUUACUUAUAAUUCAUCUAAUCAAAUACAAAAUCAAUCUGAUUAUUAUGAAAUUGAAGAAAUUUAUGAUACAAAUGAUAUUCAUAGUAGUUUUGAGGAUGAAUCUAAUGAUAGUAGUAGUGAUGAAUCAAAUGAUUCAAUGGAUUAUAAUAAUUCACCUAAAAAUAAUAUUGAAGAAAUGGAAAGUGAUAUUGAAGGUGAAAUAAAAUUAACAGAAUUUGAUACAUCAUCUGAUGAUUCAACAGAAGAAUUUAUAGAUUCUGAUUUAGAAUUAGAAAUAUUAAAUAAUAUUAUAAAUGAAGAUCAUUUUCAAAUAGAGUAUUGUGAAAAAAAAUUAAAACAAAAUUAUGAACCAUUAAUAUUAUGUAGAGAACUUCAAAAUAAUUGGUCAGGAUAUAAUUUAAUUGUUCAAUCAAUUAUUCCAAGAUAUAAAAAUAUUAAUGAUAUUUAUCAAUUAUGUAUUAUUGCUGAAUCUCAAGAAUUAUUUGAUAAUCUUCGUGAUUCAAUACUUAAAAAAAUAAAAAAAUUAAGAAAAGAUAAAUUAUCAAGAUUUGCACCAGAUUAUUAUAAAAUUAUGAAAAAAGUUAAGGAUUAUGGAUAUACAUUACCAUAUGAAACAUAUAUUUUAUAUCGUGAAGGACCAGUUGUAUCAUAUUCACAUUACCUUAUUCAUAAUGAUAUUGAUAAUUUUAUUCAUCUUAAUGAUUGUGAAUGUUGUGAAUGUUUACAAUUACCUCCAAUACCAAAUUAUAUUGAUUUAGAUGAUUCAACAUCAAAAAAUCCAUAUCUUUAUAAUUAUAGAAAUCCUAAAUUUAUUAAAAAAGGAAUAACUGUCUAUAAUAUAUCAUCAUCAAGAAAACGUUUUAUUCCACCAAUGAUGCCACAUCAUAAUUUAAAAAAUUCAUUUACUACAAAUAAUAAAUCAUCUUCAAAUUGGAAAUAUAUAAAUGUUGUAAAAAGUUUAAAUGAUAAAAUUGAUAAAACUGUUAAAAAUAAAAGAUAUUAUGAAUGUGGAUAUAAUGCAUACAUAUCAAAUGAAGAUAGACAACGUGCAAAUGCUGCUGCAAUUAUUGAAGUUGGUGAAACUGCAACUAUAAAAGUACUUAAUAAUACUAAACCACCAAAUUUCUUAAGAUUAAAUAAUAAAGGACAUCCAGUUACACGUGAUGCUUAUGAAAGAUUAGUUUCUAAAAAAGAAUAUUUUAAAAUGAAAAAUAAAAGAUUAUCAACAUUAAAUUUUAAGGCUCCUAAAAUAUAUUUUUUUAAAGGAUAUGAUUCAAGAAGUAAUGAACGUGAAGGAUUUUAUAAUAGUAUUGUUUCAUCAACUGAACGUCAAAUUCAAUUACCUGAUAUUAUUAUGGAAGAAAGUGAAGAAGAAGAAGAACAUGAUGAUUAUUAUGAAUUAUCAAGUGUAAAUAUAUUUACAGAAGAUUGUCCUAUUUUAGAAAAUAAUGCUGAUAUUUCAAAUAAUUCUUUAGAUUCAACUUGUAAUAAUCAAGGACUUAAUUCUAUUAAUCCAUUAACACCAGGAAAUCCUAUGACACCAUUAACACCACAAAUGACUAAUCCAUUAACACCAAGUAAUUCAUUAAUGGAUCCUCAACAAGGAAUGAAUGCAUUAACACCAAAUCCUGGAUCAAUUUCAAGUUCAGGACCACCAAGUAAUUAUAUGAAUCCUGGUAGUAAUAGUUAUUCAAACCCUGGUAGUAAUAGUUAUCCAAAUCCAGGUAGUAAUAGUUAUUCAAAUCCAGCAUCAAAUACUUAUCCAAAUCCAGGUAGUAAUAAUUCUGUUCUUCAAAGUAUUAUAAGUCAACCAAAUUCUCAAGUUAAUCAACAACAUUUUAUUCCAGGAAAUAUAUCAAGUCCUUCUUCAUUUCAUAGUGGAAAUCAAAUGCCACAAUCAAUGAUGGCAAGUCCAAUAAUGAAUAGUGAAAAUCAAUUUUUAACAAAUCCAGGAAAUUAUCAUUAUAAUAGACAAAUAAAUCAAAAUUGUUUUAAUCCUCCUCCAAUGAGAGAAAAUUAUAAUACUGGAAUGUUUCAAAAUAUAAAUAAUCAAAAUAUAUUUUUAGGAAAUGAUAAACAUAAUGUUAAUUAUUCUAAUGAUGGAACAAAUACAUUAUAUGAACAUAAUCAAUAUAAUUCAAAUAUGAAUCAAAUAUCAAAUACAGAUACAAUUAAUAAUGUACGUUCAGAUAUUAAUUCUGGUGUAAAUCAAAUAAUGAGUUCUCAUUAUAAUAGUCCAAUACAACAAUUUAAUAGUGGAAAUAAUAUGACUGAUAGAAAUUCACAACAACAUCCUUUAGAAAUGGUAAAUCAUCAAACAAGUGGAAAUAUGAAUCAAGGAUAUAUUAAUUCAAGUGGACAUCAUAUGAUAAGUGGAAAUCAACAUGGAAAUUAUAAUAAUCAAAUACAUGAUAAUCAAUAUUAUAAUAAAAUACCUAAUUUAAAUUAUGAAAAUAAUGGUUCAAAUUAUAUAAAUAAUAGAAAUCUAUAUGGUGAUGAAAAUAAUCCAAAUGAAAUUUCAUAUGAUUCAUCUUCAUAUAAUAAUAAUAAUAUGGGUGGACAAAUGAAUGUAAAUCAAGUUAGUAAUAAUUAUCAGAUAAAUUAUGGUCAAAACAAUUUUAUGGAUUGUGAUAAUAAUGUACGUAUGUAUAAUAAUGAUGAUCAUGAUGGAACAAAUAUAGAAGGAAUUUAUGAUGAUAUAAAUCAACAAAAUAAUAAAAAUAAUCAACAAAAUAUUAAUAAUUCACCAAUGCCAUUAUUAUAUAAUGAAAGUAAUAUUAUUACAGAACCAUCAAUUAUUGAUAGUAAUACUGAAUAUAAUUGUUUAUAUUAUAAAAUGGAACCUGAAUCAAUACCACCUGCUUCAAGUCUUCUUCCUGUUGAAACAGAAAAAUUAUCUAUUGAUAAUAAUCAUAUUUUACCAAUGAAAAGUAAUAAUAAAAUAGAAAUUAUUAAAAAAGAUAUUAUUUCUCGUCGUGAAAUUAAAAAAGAUUCAAUAGGAAUAUCAUUAUUAUUACAUGAUUCUGUAUUUGAAUUAUAUUAUGAUAUUAUUUUUGACGGUUGUCCUAUUUGUUCAUGUAAUUCAAAUAUAAUGUCAGAUGAUUAUGGUAUGUAUUUAAGACCACCAGGAAUAUUAAAUAAGAAAAGUGUUCAAAAAUCUGAAUGGAGUGGUUUUUAUUUAGCUGGUGAUAAAAAUAAAUGUAAAUGUGGUUUUUCAGCACUUCGUCAUAAAUUAUUUAGUUAUAAUUCAGGAUUAUUUAAAGAAGAUGCUGAAGAGGGAUCUGGACUUGGUGCUAUAUAUGAACAACAUCCAAAUAGAUAUCAUAAAUUAUAUAAUAAAUUAACAGAAUAUGAUUUAUCAUUUAUUAAUUUAUUUAGAAUACAAAGUUUAAAUCGUGAAAUGGGUGCUCAGAUAAAUUCAAUUCAAAGUAUGUUAACAAAAUGUUUACCACCAUUAACAAAUGCAAUAUCAAAUAAAUAUCUUAAUAAAUGUAGUAAUUAUAUGUUUUCUCAAGUUGAUAUUAAUGAAAAAGAACAUGCUAUUUAUAAUUCAUUAAAAGCAAGUAUUGAGGAUGAUAAUGAAUCACAUCUUUGUAUACCAAAUAGAAAUAGAAAAUUAAUUGAUUAUCCAUCAUUUUUACAUCCAUGGUCAAUACAAUUUCCAAAUAAUGCUAAAGAUGCUUCUGAUGCUGAUUGUUAUAUAAUAUUAAAUAAUGUUAGUAAUUUUUUUAAAACAUUAAUACAUAAUACACAAUGUUUUGGACCAGAAAAAAGAGAUGUUUUUAAAACAUUUACAUGGUCAGAAUUAGUUAAAAGUGCAAUAAAAAGUACUAAAGUACCAGAUGAAUAUUCAUAUGCACCUGAACCAAUUCCAUCAGUUAUUUUAGCAGCAGAAAAAGAUUUAAUAUCAUGUGCUCCACAAAUAGUAUGUAGUUGGGAAAAAUUAGCACUUAGUCCAAUUGAUCAACCUAAAGAUGUUUUAUAUUUUGCUAUAACACCUGAUAAUGAUUUUAUUAUUGAAAAAACAAAAUUAUAUUUUCAUGAACUUUCUAAAAUAUAUGAAAAUUAUAAAUUAGGACGUCAUAUUAAAUUAUCAAAAGAUAUUGUUGAAGAUGGAAUAUUUAAAGUACCAAUAAUGACAUCAGAUAAUUGUAAAAUUGAAAGUGAAUCAGAAAAAGAAUAUUAUAAUUUUUUUAAUGAAAUAAUUAAUGAUAAAGAAUAUUUAGAUAAAAUGAAAUCAUAUGCUGCAUUUAUUGAAAAACAAGUAUAUCAAUUUUUUGAGUAUAAUGAUAUUUUAUUUGAUAGAAGAGCAUUUUGGGAAUGUGUUAAACAUGAAAUGAGUGGUCCAUCAAAUAUAUCUCUUGAUACAUCAUCAUCAUCAUCAAAUUUAUUACAUAAUAAUCAUGAUUAUAUAUUAAGUAAUUAUCCAUCAGGAUAUUAUGAUCAUUGUAGUCCAUCAAAUAUGAAUCGUUCAGGAACAGAACUUGAUCAACAAAGAACAGAUUCACCAAUAAAAGAUGAAGAUAUGGCUGAAAUGCCACAUAUUAUUGUUAUAUAUAUUAUUAAUCCAUUUAAUUUUGGUUUAAAAAUUAAUCAACCUGAACAACCUAAAUUUGCUUUAAUUUCUAUAAUGCGUGCUUUUAAUGUAUUUUUAAUGAAAUUAAAUAUUACAAAACGUUUUCGUAUACAAUUAGAAAUAAUUAAUUUACAAAGUAUAAUGGAUUUUGCUGGAUAUUUAUGUGAUAAAAAAAGAAAUGAAAGAUGGUAUGCACCAGAUCCUGUAUAUACAAGAAAUAAAAAUUUUAAAUUUAGUGCAUAUGAACAAUUAAGAAGUUUAUCAUUUGCUAUAUAUACACAUUCAAGAAUAUAUAAUACAGAAGAUGUUAGAUAUGUAUUAGCUAAAAGUGUAACAAAAUUUGGAUAUACAAGUACUGUAUUAGAUCAUGUUAAUGAAGAUAUUGAAGCUGGUGAUAAAAUAUUUAAAUUACCAUGUAAUUUAUAUAGAUUAUCAUCACCAAAAAGAAAUCCAAUACAAAUGAAUGGAAAAUCAUUAAAACGUCAUAUAGAAGAUACUGUAUUAUUUGUUAGUUAUUGUUUAGUUGAAGAUAAAUGGCUUGUUGUAACAGUAUCUGAUCAUCUUGGUUAUUUAUUAGAUAAUUGUCUUAUAAAUUUACAAGUUAUUCAUAAAGAUAAUGAAAUUGUUAAAUAUAAAAAAGGUAAUAGAAUUCUUGAUGCUAUAUCACGUCUUUGGGUAUAUAUAAUGGGAGUACUUGCUUCUGAAACACGAAAUUGGAGAAUAGUUAUUGGAAGAUUUGGUAGAGUUGGUCAUACAGAAUUAAAAGCAUGGAUGCAUAUAUUAUCAAAAACAAAUAUAAAACGAUAUAAUACAAAAAUAAAAGAAGCAUGUAAUUUAUGUGCUGAAUCAUUAAAUUCACAAUCAUGUCCUAUUAUUGUAUCAGCAUGUUUUGUAUCAAUGGAAGCUGAACAUAAUUUAAGAUUAUUUAAUAAUGCAGUAGCAAAAUUUAAAGUUUUAGCAUCAGCAUCAUCUAAUAUUAGAUCAUCAAAACAAAAAGUUAUUCAUUCACCAGAUGAUGUAUCUGUAACACAUAUUCUUGUAUUUCCUACAACAGUUGAUCUUUCAAUAGACUUAGCACAAGGUAAAGAUGGACAAGAGAAGGAUGAUUUUGAAUCAUUAGUAUUAGAUGAAGGUAAUGAUGAAAUAAUGGAAUUUAUAAAUAAUGGUUUUAUAAAUGAUGAUGAUGGUGAUGAACUUAAAACAGCAGAACCAGAUAAAAAUACAGAAGAGAAUUUCUUUAAUAUUGAUUCAUCUGAUGUUGAAGCAAGUAAUCAACCAAUGGCAAUUGGAUAUUAUAUUUCAACUGCACCAACAGGAAAAUUACCAAAUUGGUUUUGGAGUCAAUGCCCAAAAGCAAAAGAUAGAUGUCCGGUUCACUUACGUAAUUCAUUACAUAUUGUUACUUCAAAUAUCCUUCAAUCUGAUGAAUUAAUGCUUAACUUUAAAAAUACAGAAUCUACUCAUCCAUUAGAUUCAACAGCAACGGAUGAUGUUUUGAGGUAUGUAUUAAAGACAUAUAAUGCCUUAUCAUGGUUAAAUGUUGAUUGUGUCACAAGUGAAAGAAGAAGCUGUCUACCAAUUCAUAUUCAAGCGCUGGCUCGCCUUUGUAAUGCGGUAGAAACAUUCAUGUUUUAA